GUCUAUCAGCGCGUGUGCUGUGAAACAGUGUCAUCUGAAGACAACAGACUCGCCGAGAUGCCAACGUCUCGCUCCCGAGAAGCCAUGCGGUGGAUCGACGCCUCGUCAGAUCUUCUUCGUCGCUUUUUCUUUUCUUUUCUUGGGGGAGACCCCGGCAGAACCGCCCCCUGUCGCGGUUCGGGGCCCAGGUGGACACGAUCACGCAAGUCAACAAGGGUCGAUCCUUGCAACCCUGGCACCUCCCAUCCAACCUGAGCCUCCCCACCAUGGCCCAGCAAGGCACGGGCACGGCAGACAUCCUGCUUCUGCAUGGCCUAACAACAAAGACCCGGGGACCCUCCACGCGAGCAAAACGCGUCCUCUGUGUACAGUUGCUACAUUUAGCCGGGAACCUGGAUCCAGACCGGAGUGACGGUGCCGUGGUCAAAAGACUGAAGGAGGUCAAAGAGGGCGCCGGUAUCUUGCAUAACCGCAGACCAGCAGCAAGCCACUUCAGCAUCUGUUUGCAAAGGGGGGUUCGUUGGGGACUGUAG